UCUCGCAACUUCCCCUUCGAACCAAAACACAAACAAGACCUCCCGCCCCCCCGCGCCACGUCACACACAGCACGUCGCCCGCCUCCAGCAGCAGUCCAUCACCCGUCUGACUUGCACGAGUAAUCUGACGAUCAGAAUUUGUGAACUUCACAUUCGCACAGCCAGGGCUUUCAAGUCCUCUGCGAUCUCGAAUCAUUUCAUGAUUUAAUUGCACCCGUGCAUGGAGACUUCUUUUUCUAAACUGAGCAUUUUCUAUGACCCUGGGUUAAGUAUUAAGCAUUGUCAUUGAUUAUACUUUGAUAUUUCAUUUAUUCAUUUUUGAUAAUUACUUUAGCUUAUUUGUUUUUGUGCUAUUUGACUUAAUUUAAUUUGAUGGAUUUUUCAUUUGCAUGAUCUUACACUUCAAUUAGACUAGUUUUUUCCCUACUUAUUAAUAGACAAGAAUUGACAAGAAAAAUACAUAUUUAUGCCAGAAAAUAUUUUUUUUGUGUGUAUCAAUAAUAUUGUUGCUUUUUGUCCCUUGUCAUUUUUUAAAUCAUUGUAUAAACCUUUGGAUUUAUCUUGGGUGCCCCUGGAGUGUCCAUAAAGAAGGACUAAAAGAGCAUCAGAGGGAAGGUGAUGUGUACAUGUAGGAUUUAGAGAAAAGGGAAAGUGAUGCCACUUUGUGAGCACUGUGUUACAACUAUUCUCACUGUGUCAUACAAAGAAGUUGUGAUUACAUGACCAAAUUCUGAUGAACUGUAUCAUGAACCACAUGCAUUCUGUCACCAGCAUUAAAUUAUGCAUUUUCAAUGUUUUUCCCAGGAGGUGACUGAAGAGGGAGCUUUACUCCAUAUCAUUUGAAUCUACAGCAUUUGUUGAGUUGCACGAUGUCUGCACCAUUGAUGUAGAAUAUCAGCUACUGGUCCUCGAUCCUCCAUCUUGUAGUUCAUGCGUGUUUUGUUGUAAAGUUGUUUGAUUUUAAAGUGCUUUGUUUAUUUUUUAUUUUUUUGUCAGGGCAGGAUUAUAGGGCAGGAUUAUACCAUCUUGCGGUACAGUAAAGCUGCAACCAAAAAUGAACUGAAUGAGUGACAAUUUGUUUGUUUAAUUAUUCAGAAACAAAAACGAUAUAAAUGUUUGUAAUCAUCCCCUAAGGCCCAAUUUAACAUAUUCAAAUAUCCGAUUUUUGUCAGAAAUAUUCAAAUUUGAUAAACUGGCCAAAAGUCUGCAGUUCAGUAACAAACCAUGAGGUGGUGCUGUAGCAACAUUAGUGCAGGAGGUGAAGAAGAAGAAGAAGAAGAAGAACGCUCCGCCCUGCUCGUCCGUCUCUUCCGGAUCAGGCCAUAACAGCACGUUUUAUUUUCAUGUAGUUAUUUUUUUUGUUGUUAAUCUCGCUUUGCUGUUGUUCGCAGAGCCUCGUUGUAGAAAGUGAGCAGCAGCAGAAGCAUCAUCCAGUCAUGGAGGAGGGAACAGCGGAGACACCCGAGGAGCUGCUGGCAAAGCAGCAGCGCAAGGAAAAGAAAGACCUGCAAGCAAAGGUCCAGAGCAUGAAAAACACCGUCCCCAAAAAUGACAAAAAAAGGAGGAAACAGUUGACAGAGGAAAUCGCCAAGCUAGAGGCGGACCUCACUCAAAAACAGGAGGAGGAGCUGAGGCAACUCAACUCAUCUUCAAAUAACACAAAGGUGGAGGAGGUGAUGAAUGGAGUGGAGACCAUGAAGAUGGAGGCUGGCGAACAGGAGUCAGAAGAGGUCCUACAGCCGCGAGUAACCAAGGCCCAGAAGAGAAGGGACAAGAAGGCUGCCGAGGAGAAGGAGAGGGAGAGCAGGAUAGCAGAGGCCGAGGUGCAGAACCUGCAGGGUGUGCGGCACCAGGAGGGUGUCAAGCUGGCUCAGAAACUCGCUCUGCAGCAGCUUCAGGUCAAGGAGAUCUCCUCUGAUGGCCACUGCAUGUACCGUGCCAUUGAAGAUCAGCUGGCCCAGCGAUCAAAGCCUGGGUUAACCAUGAGUGUGAAGGAACUGCGGUCCUGCACUGCCGACCACAUGAGAAGCCACGUGGACGACUUCCUGCCUUUCCUCACCAACGCUAACACUGGAGACAUGUACACAACAGAUGAGUUUGAGAAAUACUGCAGUGACGUGGAGCACACAGCGGCUUGGGGUGGACAACUGGAGCUGCGAGCUUUGACCCAAGUUCUCCACUUGCCAAUAGAAGUUAUCCAGGCUGAGUCCCCAGCUAUAAAAAUUGGGGAGGAAUAUGACAGUGAACCUAUCACCCUUGUCUACAUGCGUCAUGCCUAUGGACUGGGAGAGCACUAUAACACUGUGGAGCGGCUAAAGGAACCAGCCAAUGCAGAAGACAGCUGAGAAAAAAUGAAUCCAGUUAGUUUGAUGUUAAACUACUCCAACCAAGGGCCCCCUAAAUACAAAUGUAUUUCAAAGGGUGAAUUGUGCUAAUGUAAAAAAAAAAAAAGGCAUAGAAAGGAAAUUCAUGUGCUGAUGAUUUUACAUUGGACACCAUGGCCCCCGCAGCUCUUUUUGGGGUGUUGUGGUGUAGCACAUACUCUUUAACCACAUCCACGUGGACAGAAGACCAUGGAAAUGCUGUUGAUCAUGCAUGUCCUAAGAGGAUGUUGAACCUUUGCAGUGUUAUAGGAAGGAACUGAGUUGCUGAGCCGGUAAAUCAUAUCGAUGUAACAUAAACACAUACAAUAUUAAUGAGA